CGCUGGGAUCUGCUCCAUUCUCCUGCCCGUUUCGUUUCCAUUGCCUGCAUGUUCAGCGAUACCGUCAUUGUCCACUGGGACAAUGAGGCGUCGCCCACGACGUUGGGCUGCAUCCCUUCUACGCGUUCAAUUUAUCCUGUGGAAGCGGAUCUAAACGUAUCAGAGAAUGGCGUGUCGUGGACAACGGCAACAGGAAAUGUAAUAAACAUUCAGGCAACCUUCAUUUUUGGCGCAACCGUUGUGUCGAACCCAACCCAGUCCGUGCGAACUCUGCAUAGUUCUGCAGUGCUUCGUAGGGGCUUGGAGGCCAUUCAAGCAAAUAAUGCCCCGGGAAACUCGUCAUUCUGGCUUCUCCAUGCCGUAGAAUUGUCUCGGGGACGAAAAGAUAAGCAACCGGGGAUACGACAAAUCUUGCUUCAGAGCAAGAACGCAGGUGCACGACAAUGCGUCGAGGCGGUGAUCGCGGCGGCGGGACUCGGACAAUUAAGCAAGAAGAUACUUGUCCUCAUAAAUCCCUUUGGAGGAACAAAAAAGGCCAAACACAUUUAUGAACAUGUUGUCCAACCCAUGUUUCAGAUAGCAGGAUUGAAGAUCGAUUUGCAUGAAACCCAAGCUACAGAACAUGCCACGGAAAUUGCACGAACGUUACCCUUGGACCAGUACAGCGCGGCUAUCACGAUUAGCGGAGAUGGUGUUUUCCAUGAGCUGAUCAACGGGUUGUUGACGAGGCCUGACUGGGAGCAAGCAAGAACGUUGCCCGUUGGCAUCGUGGGAAGCGGGUCAGCAAACGCAAUGAGCAAGAAUCUCGAUACAAUGUUUCCAGAGCUUGCAGCUCUUAGUGUCAUCAAAGGCCAGACGCGUCCAAUGGAUGUUUUCUCCGUAACCCAGAACGAAACCGUCAUGUAUUCUCAUCUUCAACUCAUGUGGGCACUUCUUGCCGACGUGGACUUUGAAUCCGAAAGUUAUCGAUGGAUGGGUGGCGACCGCAUGACAGUGGCCGCCAUCAUCCGUAUCCUUCGAUUACGCACAUACCACGGAAAGCUCUACCUUCUCCCUGUCAAUCAAGCGGAUCAAUACCGAAAAUCUCCCUCAUCAUCAACGCAGCCUUCAGCAUUGGGCCCUCCUCGCCUUUAUACCUCUGACCCAUUACAGCACGAACAUUGGCCCCAAAUCAUCUCAACAACUUUUACCUACUUUUUGGCCACGAAUUUACCCUGGAUUUCGUCCGAUUUUCUGGCCGCACCAUCGAGCCGUCUAGCAGACGGUGCGCUCGAGGUUGUGUACUCUGAAACCAUGUCUUCGGUACAAGCUCUACAAUCUGUUGCGGAUCCGGAAUCCGGUAAAUAUCUCCAGUUUCCGUUUAUAAAAACCAGUCGGGUUCGCGCACUUGUACUUGAACCGCAUGGAUGGUCUUGGAACAAGGAUGGAGUCACAGAUCGAAAGGAAGACAAAUGGUUGGAUGUCAGUGGGGAGAAGAUUUCUGCGUCCCCUGUAAGGGUGGAAGUUCACCCCGGCGUUAUGAAUGUAUUGGCACCGGUUUGGUUGGAUGAAGACGAAUGGAGCAGGCAUGCUCACAAGGCCAAAAUGACCGCGUAACUAUUUACCUGAUAAAUGUUCAUCAGUGGCAUAUAUCGUACAUACAUGGAUAAUAGACUUCAUGAUUGAGUA